UAAUGUCUCGUCUUCGUCAACUCGUCUCGCUUUGUUCACCGCAGUUGUUCUUACAAUUUUAAUCCCGUGGAACAACUCGUAACGAGCAGCCGCUUUUUUUUCGAAAAGUCAUCGAGCAACGGGAUGACUUUUGAAGACUGUUUGCACUUUGUAUUCUGGGAGGUGAAAAAUUGUAUUGAAUAUACACGAAACGACUGUAACGAAUUUACAGUUGUAAGUUGAGCGUUCAGAAAAUUUACUGAUUCAUUUUUACGGAGAGAAGAAAAGUAUCGUCAUUCUAUAGUAGAGUCGACCGAAUUUUGGUGUCAAUGCCGAAGCCGCCGCAGAGUGUCGACACUCUAGUAGCGUCGAACGAAUUCCGGUGUCGAUGCCGAAGCCGCACCGUAACACGCUGUCAGCGCAUUACGAAAGUAUGGUCAUGUUUAGACAACUGGAAAACGAGUGAUAUUGUCUAAUCAUUUUUCAAUUUUUUUUUUUUUCGUACACGCUCGAGAUCUGCGUCUCUUUCAGACGUUGCACCAGCGAUCGCGUAGCGUUUUGGCCGAAACGACGAGGCGUGUCGAUUUUACACGCAGAGCGCACUUCGACCCCUCUCAUUGAUUUCCGAUGUUUCUCCUAAUACGAGAUUCAUGAAGGGGGAGGAUCACGAGAUAAAAAGUUUCGUACGUCGGUUAGAGUAGGCAGUUAGAAGAAUUCCGAAGUGUCGGUUAGACGACUUUUGCAUUAUUUGAAAAAGGUAAUUCUUUCACCCGAAAUCCCUGCUUCCGUCGGAUAGAUUUUAGCCGAUUGGAUCGGAACGCGAGAGUCCUCUCUAAUCCAAAAGCGUUGAAUCUCCUUGAAAUUUUGGACCACGAAACUGCUGCUGGCUGUGAAAACCAUUUUAUCGGAUCGUUGAUCGAUCGUUCCGUUAUGCUACGUGACUUUAGCCAAACUCCGAAAAUGUAUUGCCUUUCAGCUUCGUUACUGGGAAUUGUGAGCUUGCUCUCCGUAGCAGUCAUUACUGAGGCAGUAAAUCCCGUUCCGUAUGAUAAAUAUCCUGCGGACGCAGUGCAGCUAAGAUAUGCUCAGGAAGCCAUUGUUAAGAGUUCAUAUCACUUCACGCAUAGCUACUUGAAGGUACUCGCUGAAAUCGAUCGGCCCAAAUUCGUUGUUUCCCCAACUGGUAUUUUUCUGACUUUAUCUAUGAUUUCGUACGGAGUGGCUGGGAAUCUUAAAUACACUUUCGAUUACCUUUUAUCACGUUUACCCAAAUCUUCUUAUAAAAUUGGAUGCCAAGAUCUCGUCGAUGACUUUGCUAACUAUCGUGGGCUCAACAUAUCCAACGGCUUUUUCGUCGCUCCAAGAGUACAGUUGCGCCCUCAGUUCUUUGAUACAAUCAAGCGAACUUUCCGUUCAACCGUGAAAAAAAUCGAUUUUAUAAAAAGAGACAAAGCGAACCAAAUGAUAAGCGAGUGGUGCGCUCACCAGACAGGCGAUGAAAUAAAAAAUUUUAUGAAACGAGUUAAUCCAGGAGAUGAUGCUUGUAAACGUUUCUCAGCGAUGAACACCGUUUCGUUUUCGGGCACAUGGUCAAAAAAAUUCAAUAAUGCAGACACUCAACUACGUACUUUUUACUCUAGCAGUGGAGUGAAUAAGAAACUACCCACCAUGAGUGUUUCGGGAUUAUUCCGUUACGGAGACUAUUCAGAGGCCACCUUCGUUGAACUGCCAUUCGAGAGUAAUUCAGAUCGUGCCCACAAUAUGAGCAUGUUCAUCAUACUUCCAAAAGAUAUUACCUUGUUCAAACGCAGCAUCCCUCGCAUCCUGUUACGAAGACUGAAAAAGGAAUCAGUUUUAAGAGAAAUUUAUAUCGAAUUGCCGAAAUUUAAAAUUGCACUCGCAAGUGGUUUGACAGAGCCCUUCAAACGAAUGAAUCUUAGUAGUUUGUUCGACCGGGACACAGCUGACUUCAGUUGCGGAGUGAUUAGUCCGGCCCGAGGAGCUGUUUUUAACAGUGUCAUCAAACAAUUCAAUGCGAUACAUGUCACUGAGGGAGGAGUCGAGGCUGUGUCAACAAUCGGAUGCGGUAGCGGUCAUUUAAGGGAACCAUCGCAAGGGAAUACAACAGAUCGUGGAGCAGGAUCAGAGGCCGACGGACUUCAGCGCUUCAUCGCGAAUCGUCAAUUCUACGCAAUAAUCACUCCAACAGACAAAAAUGCUAUAAAUUUUUUCACCGUUCAGUUCGACGCUUAAAUAAUCUCAUUUGUCGUUGUCAUUUUGCUUUGACUUCAUGCUACGUCAGUUGCUUUUAAAACAAUAAAAUGGAGCAACAAAUUACAAUAAAUUGGAGAUAAAAAUCA